UUUGUUUCCGGUAUUAAGUCUAUUGGUUCCAAUAUUUAAGGUGAUUUAAGUAAUAAUUAUUUUUCAAAUAAAUCUAAGUUUAUCAAAAAAUGCCAAGGUUAGGGACACAGUUGUCAGACAUUUUGUUACAAUUUCCCAAUGUCAUUACCGAAAAUAAGAUUCAAGAGAUAGAUGAUGAAUUUUACAGAGAAAUGAAACUGGAUUCUGGUGUAACAAACUUGCAGAUUUCAAGUAGCAGUGCAAGCAGUAUUUCAGGUGUUGAAGAGUUCUGGCAUUCGGUGAGCCUAUUAGAAGCUAACGAUGGAAAACUAAAAUAUAUAUCUUCUUCUGGCAAUACAAGUCAUAGUUCUGUAGUCCAUAGCGCUAGAAGAGCGGGGAGUGGAACUGCAGCGACAGGUUCAAAAAUUACAUUUGUUAAUGAAAGAAAAGUUAAAGAGGGUGCCAAACCAACUACAGUUAGAGCUAGAAAUCCACAUAAAGUUCCCGAUGUGCGACAUAUGGAGAGAGCCUUGUUGGGACUUUUGGCAGACUUUCAUUCUGGGAAGCUGCGAGCCUUCGGUAGUGGUUGUACCAUGGAGCAAAUGACCAACAUUAGAGAGCAACAAGAAAAACUUGCCAAGCUGCAUUUUGACCUAGCUUCCGCCACUGUGCCUAGUUUGAAUGAAGAGGAUAUUCAGAAAUCACAGAGUACCAUGAGCCAGCUUAUACAGAGGUUAGAACAGUUAAGUGAUUCGAUUGAAGGUUUGCAUAAUACAUCCAAUAAAUAGUUUUAUUUUUUUAUGAAUACCUAUAUAAAGUUCCUUGGUUAGUCUUGCCAUUUAUGGUGAUUUUAUAAAACAUCAACUAUAUUUAUAUGGAUUCAUUUUGUAUUAAAGACGAUCAAUGCAAAAACCUCGAGCGCCAGUUUAAGGAGACUUACUAUCUAAAUAGAAAAAAAAAAUUUACACUUUUAGUUGUUUUUCACCACGGCAGAGGGCGUUUUCUAAAUUAUUAUUUUUAGUUUGGGACAUACUUUUCUGCCUUCCUGUAACUAUUAUUUUUUAAUUCCAAUGGAAUUCAAUUUGUGAGACUUAAAAUUAAUAAAUAAACCUUUAAAAUGUUCAUUUGGGGGGGGGGGGGGGGUGAAUUUACUCCUGUACUAAAAGGUGGAGUGGUUUUUAUCUUUUUAAUUCAACAGUCUCAGAUAUCCAGUGAUGAGCGCGCUAAUAACCGGCAAAAUAACGCAAAAGAUGGAAGAUUUAAUUAAGUUGUGAAAUAACAAGAGGUGAAACUAGUAGAGGUGGAAAUUAUCGAUAUAAACGUAAACCUUACAUAAACAUUACAUUCAGCCAUAUUCUGUAACUUUUAACAGAUCGAAUAGAAAUGACCAAGUCGAAUCGUAAUUACCCGAAAUCGGAAUGUUUGAUAUCUAUCGCGUCAUUUUUGUGUUUGCAUUAGCAUUCUGUAACAGGGCUUUUCAUCGAUUGUCAUUUGUUUCGAGCUUCUGUCAUGUGUCACAUAAUAUUAAUAUAUCUACUUCAUACGUCUUUGGUUUGUGUCGUUGCAGGUUUGUUCCAACAUGAACUUUUGGACGGUCCAGAAACCGUCACGAAACUACUUGUACCGUUUGUUGUGCGCAUGUUCGUAAUUGUAUCGUCCAGUUAUCGCCCCAUGACGGUAAUUUGGAAACCGAUGUUGGAACGGGUAUCUGACUGAUAACUGAUUUAUCUAUCAUUAGGUUUGUUCCAGCAUGAACUUUUGGACGACCCAGAAACCGUCACGAAACUACUUGUACCGUUUGUUGUGCGCAUGUUCGUAAUUGUAUCGCCCAGUUAUCGUCCCAUGACGGUAAUCAUAUAUUUGUCAUUUUUGUUGGUGACAGCUUGUGUGCUUUUAGUCGAUCAAAGGCUCAAAAAAUUUAAAGAAUUAAAUCCUAGUGCUCAAGUCAGUCCAACCAGCACAUUAUGCAUUUGCCCGAUUACUGAAAUGAUCAUCACGAAACCGUCACCGAAAGAUCACAAUUCUUGUUGGAACAGUGGGAAGGACGAUCCGAUGACGAUCAUAUUUUUGUUGGAACGGAUUUUCUUUACUGCGCAGGAGCGUUACCGUUUCGUGACGGUUCUCGGUCGUGUUGGAACAAACCUAUUAUCAUUUUUGUUGGUGACAGCUUGUGUGCUUUUAGUCGAUCAUGAUUCCCGCUUUCGAUUUGCAAGUCAGUCCAACCACCACAUGCAUUUGCCCGAUUACUGAAAUGAUCAUCACGAAACCGUCACUGAAAGAUCACAAUUCUUGUUGGAACAGUGGGAAGGACGAUCCGAUGACGAUCAUAUUUUUGUUGGAACGGAUUUUGUUUACUGCGCGGGAGCGUUACCGUUUCGUGACGGUUCUCGGUCGUGUUGGAACAAACCUGGUAUAUACCAAUAACGUAUGACGUAGAUAUAUUAAUAUUAUGUGACACAUGACAGAAGCUCGUAACAAAUGACUGUGAAUGAAAAGCCCUAUUCACAUCGUAUAAUCAGGGUAAAUCGAAAUCGGUAACUUCUAUUUCACGCGCUCAGGAGAUGAUGGCAACCCCGCAUUGACAAGCGAAAUGAGAGUUCUUUGACCUGUUUGUUACUGGAUCUAAACUUGAAAUAUGACACCGUUGCCAUAUCCUCAAUUUUUUCAUACUAUCAUAUCACAUUACAUAAAGUUACAUUUAAAAAAUAGUUUUUAAACACCAAAAAAGAAAAGUUUUGAACAAUAAAUAAUAAAAUAUUAGUGUAAAUACUGGAUACAAAAAGAUCAAAAGAGGAUAAAUGGUUUUAAAUCAAAGUUAAUUAAAAUUGUUAUAAAAAAGAAGAUAAAUUGAUAUAAUAUAAAAAAGAUAAAUGAAGAUAAGAUGUAUAAAUGCUUUUAAAUCAAAGAUAAUUUAAAUUGAUGUUAUUAAUUAUUAUUAAUAAAUUGUUUUAAAUCGAUAUUACUAAUAAUAUGCAAUCUUUAAGAUUUUAUUCCAGCUGAAAGAACUGCUAAACAGCUUUUCCCAAAAAUGGCCUCUUUUCUAUAAUUUGUUCAGACUAUAAGCGUUGAUUGACAAAUAUGCAAGUAUACUGGUAUAAUAUAUUUAUCAAUCAACGCAUAAGAAGUUUAUUGUAUAUUGUAUAUUAUUCUUGUACAUUAUUACCAUUGAUUGAAAUUGUACAAGAAAUAAACAAAAAAAGUAUGGCAACACUGUGACUGGCAAACAUUCAGAUGCCAACUAGCAAAUAAAUAAGGUUAGGUUCAAUGUAUACUCGUACAACAUGUCUAAAUUAAAUAUAUAAUUCUCUAAACAAAUAACACCACAUACUAAAAAUUAAGCAGCUACAAAAAGGUACAAAUACUAUAAAUAAGUAGUAAUCAAUUAUUUUUAGUAGAUAUAUAAAAUAUAAACGUCAAAACAAAACAAAAUGCGCUUGCGUCAAGCACAAUGCCGAUAUCGAAAUCUUAUUUCGACGGGGUUAAUGCUGUCGAAGUGAUUUCUAUUCACUAUUACGAUUGUAGAGAUUCCAAAGUAGUUAUGGAAUACUGAUUUGGACUAUUUCUAUUCGACUCGGCCACUUCUAUUCGAUUUACUUCUAUCAUCGAAAUGAGUUACAGAAUAGGCAUUACAUAGUUUCCCACCUUUAGAAGUCUGUGACAGAAUUUUAUAACUCCUGUCAGAGUGACAUACUCCUCCGAUACGUCUAAAAGCGGGAAACUAUGUAAUGUAAUGUUAAUAUAUACGUUUAUAACGAUAAUUUCCACCUCUACUAGUUUCAUGCCUUUUUACUUCACAAUCUAUUAUGUUUUUCAUCUUUUGCGUUAUUUUCCGGUUAUUAGCGCGCUCAUCACCGUACAAAGUACCCAAAUAAAUUUGGUCUAUUGAGAUUGGUGAACCUAGUAGAUUUGAAAAUUUACAAUGUAAAAGUCCCCAUAAUACACCUAUCACCAAAAUAUCAACAAUGUUUUAAUAUCCACUGAAUAUUAAAUUGAAUUCCAUUGUCACACAAAUCAUUGAGCGAGAGAGGAAUUACUAUUCUUAACAAAAAAAAUUGUAGUUAUAAUUUAUAACAGAAGGUAUUGUAUACGAAACAGUUAAGAAAUGUCAAAUAUGUCAAAGCAAUUUUUAAAAUAUGUUGUAGAUAAAUAUCUCUGAACAUAUUUGUUUCUUCUAUCUCAUUUAAAAACCAAUAAAGGACCAAAUUUACUUCUAGUGGUCAUUUAACGACAACUAGCAAAUAUUAUACCAUAGAGCUGAGUCUUAUCGUAUUCCCUGUCAUUUUAACACUAUCCAUAGCUUUGAAGUGAUAUUACAGAGGAUAUAGACAUGAUGCUUAGAAUAGAUCAAGAUCUAGCCUUUCUUUACAUUUUAUUCCCAGAUGAAACAUUCCAAUUGAAUGGUACUCGUAAUCAUAAUUGCAGAUAUUGGGCAGUCGAGAAUCCUCAUUAGAUGUGAAAGAGCAAAACCCAAUAUCUGCAAUUUGAUUAGGCCAUUCCUCAUCGAUGGUAAUCUUACUGCCCAAAGCUGUGAAAACCAGCUUUGAAAUGAAAUAACUGUAACAAUAAGGGAGAUUACAGUAGUAUAUAAGUUGCAGCAUGUUUGGUUUCAGCGAGAUGGUGCUACACCUCAUUAGGGACGGAACCUUCUUAAUUAUUAAGAUCAACAUUUUCCUGAUCGUUGUAUUGGACGACGAUCUAAUGGCCUGUCAGGUCGCCAGCUUUAACUCCGCUUGAUUUUUUCUUGUGGAUUUAUUUAAAAGAUUGGGUUUAUGAAACGAAGCAUUAAACUUUAGAUGAAUUGUGUCAGAUAAUUUAUCUAGCUGCCCAAAUACCUACGGAAUACUUAAACAAUUCCAUCUAAUCUGUUUACUAUCGAUUAGUUUACUGCCAAGAAUCAAGAUGCUAAAAACUGUUCCGCGCUUGCAUGUGCUGAAAUUGCCAUUCUACUGGGUUAUGCCUAAUCCUAAAAUCAACACACUGUAAAAAGUUAUAAUAAAACUAAAAGGAGAUGUAUAAAAAAAUGUAAUUUAUUGCAAUACAAACUUUAUUUUGUCACUAUUAUUAGUUAUAAUGAAUCCAGAAUUAAUUUGAUUUGUGUAUAUGUUUUUAAUAAAAUUUUAUAUUGAA